UACUGAUGUAUUUCGCAACAUAUAUAAUUGGACAGACACCUUUUCCAGAAUUCACUGUUGUGGGAAUGCUUGAUGAUGUACAAGUAAGGUACUAUGACUCAGUUACACAGAGAGCUGUAAGUCACUCUCACAAUGAUACCAAACACUAUGAUGAAGAGCAAACUGAUGACAUUGUUAUAUUCCGUGAUAUGUACUACAACUUGAAAGAUCGAGCAUAUUAUCUGAAGGACAAUCUAAAUCUCUCUGAUGGUGUACAUGUACAUCAGAGGCUUGCUGGAUGUGAAUUGUUGGAAAAUGACAAACCGGGUCCAAUUUACACAUGGGAUGCAUUUAAUGGUCAAAUGAAAGAGUGGGGUAUAUUUGAUGCUGAGACAAAAAUAUUAGAGAUUAACUUAUCAUUAAUACGUGCAUGGGACCAGCACAAACAUAUUUAUGUAAAUUUUCUUUAUGAAAAUAUUUAUCAUCCUAUUUGCCUGAAGAUUUUGAGGAGGAACAUGAAGAAAAGCAGCAUUCUGCAAAAAGUGAAACCCAGAGUCAGACUCCUAAAAAAGGUGCUUGCAGCAUCUCAUGAGUAUCAAAUCACAUGCCUGGUAACAGGUUUUUAUCCCCGCGACAUUAACGUGACUCUUGUCAGAGAUGGUCAGACUGCUGAUAAUGGAAAAAUCACAGGAGGCAAUCCUCUUCCCAAUGGAGAUGGAACUUACCAGAUAAGGAAGAGUUUGGUGAUGAGUGUUAAGGAACUACAUGACAGACAUAAUUACAGCUGUGCAAUAAAUCACUCAAGUCUGGACAACACACUGGACAUUAUGUUUGGUACAAAAAAAAAAACAUUCAGCCUGGUCUUAUGAUGCUCACCUUCAGUAUAGUGAAGUUCUGUUUUUAAUCUCAGUUAAUGAUUAAUCUUUCUAUUUUAGAUCUGGAAGAA